GUGGUCCUUCUCUUUCCUACUUACAAAGAAUUAAUAAUAAUAAAUAAAAGAGAGAAAGUGGAAGGAAUUGUGCAAAAUGGGAAAGGUGUCUCCCUCGUGAUUCUAUGGGCACUCGAUGGCAUAUUGGUUGCCUCCCUCUCCCUCCAAAGCCAAAGAGAGAAAUGGUGAAAAUGGCAAGUGAAGCGUUUUUUGUUGUUGUUGCUGCCGCUGCGGCCGUAGUGUUGGCCAAUGCGUUGCCGGUGAGGAGCGAAACUGGGGGCGUGGAGAAGGAUAACGUGAAGAUAUGGCCAAUGCCGGCGUGGGUGAGUCACGGCCGUGGCCAUCUUUACAUGAGCAGUGAUUUCGUGCUCUCCACAGAGGGGAGCGGCUAUGGGGAUGCGUCUGGGAUACUCGAAGACGCAUUCAACAGAAUGCUUGCUGUCAUCAAACUGGAUCAUGUUAUUGAUGCCAAUUUUUCUGCAUUGCAUGAUCAACCUCUACUCCAGGGUUUGCAUAUAGUUAUUUCCUCUCCAAAGGACCAGCUACAAUACGGCAUUGAUGAGUCGUACAAAUUGAUGGUCCCGUCACCAGAAAAGCCAGCUUACGCCCAUCUUGUGGCGCAGACGGUUUAUGGUGCUUUACAUGGCCUUCAGACAUUCAGCCAAUUAUGCCAUUUUAACUUUACAAGCAGGGUCAUUGAAGUUCACAUGUCCCCAUGGACUAUCAUUGAUCAACCAAGAUUUUCUUACCGAGGCCUCUUAAUUGAUACGGCUCGUCACUAUCUGCCUUUGCCAGUUAUUAAGAAAGUUGUUGAUUCUAUGACCUAUGCAAAGCUGAAUGUAUUGCACUGGCACAUUGUAGAUACACAAUCUUUUCCUUUGGAGAUACCUUCAUAUCCCAAAUUGUGGAAUGGUGCUUAUUCAACUUCAGAACGAUAUUCAGUGGCUGAUGCUGCUGAAAUUGUGAGUUAUGCUCAAAAAAGAGGAAUAAAUGUAUUGGCUGAAAUUGAUGUUCCGGGACAUGCUCUCUCAUGGGGGACUGGUUAUCCUUCUUUAUGGCCAUCUAAGGACUGUCAGCAGCCGCUUGAUGUCAGCAAUGAAUUUACAUUUAAAGUCAUAAAUGGAAUUCUUUCAGAUUUCAGCAAGAUCUUUAAAUUUAAAUUUGUUCACUUGGGAGGGGAUGAAGUUGAUACAAGUUGUUGGACUUCAACCCCUCAUAUAAGCAAAUGGUUAAAAAAGAAUGGUAUGAAUGAAUCUCAAGCAUAUCAGUACUUUGUCUUGCGAGCACAAAAUUUAGCUUUGUCCCAUGGAUAUGAAAUUGUUAACUGGGAGGAGACCUUCAACAACUUUGGCAAUAAAUUGAGCAGGAAGACUGUGGUUCACAAUUGGCUUGGUGGUGGUAUUGCCCGAAAAGUGGUUGCAUCUGGGUUAAGGUGCAUUGUAAGCAACCAGGACAAAUGGUACUUGGACCACUUGGACACUACGUGGCAAGAAUUCUAUACAAAUGAGCCUCUCACAAAUAUUACAAACUUGAAACAACAGAAAUUAGUUAUUGGAGGAGAGGUAUGCAUGUGGGGUGAAAGCAUUGAUGGUUCAGAUAUUGAACAAACCAUAUGGCCACGUGCUGCAGCAGCUGCAGAGCGGCUGUGGACACCCUAUGACGAGCUGGCAAAGGAUCCAAGGCAAGUAACAGGAAGGUUGGCACACUUCAGGUGUUUACUGAAUCAAAGAGGAGUUGCAGCUGCUCCAUUAGCUGGACAAGGCCGUGCUGCCCCUGAAGGUCCAGGUUCUUGCUAUGCGCAAUAAUUUGCUGAAUCACUUGUAUCAACUGAUUCCUAGUUGUUAAUUAGGCAUUGGACUGGAAUAACUCCCAUUUCUGUGUCCCUUACAAUAAUAGCCAAUAGGGGAUGCUUCUGGUAAAAGGUCAGAUUAUUCUAUCAAUGCAAGUCUCAUUUUCCAAUA